AUGCCGAAACGCAAAGCGCCCUCGUCCGACUCCGCAUCACCGGACCCGGACCCGGACCCGCGCUCCCGCCGAGGCACCCGCCACGCAACCGUGUACGACGCAGUGGCCAACCGCGUCAAUUACGAAGGCUUCGUGCACUCGCGCCGCGUCCACGACACGAAUGGGGAGCUCCACAAACGGUCGCAGACGGCCCAGACGGCGGACGAGGUGCUAGGGCGGCGAAGGAACGCGCCCGAGGCUCCGAUCCCGUAUGCGGAGGGUGGUGGGGAGGGGCUACCGGAUUCCGACUUAUUGAUUGCGGUCCAUCAGUAUGUCGCAGACUUUUAUGGCGCGCAUGGGAUGGGGGCGGUCAGUUAUCGGAGUAUGGACGAGACCGCGCUGCUGGCUGUUGGAAUGCUGUUGGAAGAAACGGUAAAGAGCUGCUUGGGCGAGGAUGGGGACUUGGCCCUGAUUGAGCAGGAAUCCUCGAGCGAGGAAGAAGAUGCGGAGGAGCAGGCACCUGCAGAGAGCCCGCCAAAGAAGAAAAAGAAAAGAGGAAAGGAUCAGCUGGGGAUUGGCUUCUAA